AUGCGCUGGAACGGUGCGUCGGGCGCCCCCAUCGGGCAACGGUCGUCGGACGAAAUUGUCGACCGUCUCCUGCGCAAACUGCGCGGUGGCGACGACCCCGACACCGUCGAGCGGGGAUUGACUCUCGCAGCUCGUUUGGCCGCAAUUGACGGCGACCCCGCCGACGCCAUCCUACGGGCCCGUUCCAUCGUCGUUUCAGCGGGAGGCGACACUUCCGCCAUCGACCGGCUUACCGACCUGGUGAAUCUGGUGGACGACGAACCCUCACUGAAGGGGCACCUGCAAAUCGAUUUUUCGUUGGCCCGCGGCAUUGCCUACUACAACGGCAUAAUAUUCGACAUCGUGUAUGGCGUGGGCGCCACGAACCUGGGGGGAGGCGGUCGAUACGAUUCGUUAUCCCGUGCCCUUGGCGGGCCCGACACGGUUCCAGCCCUGGGUUUCGCAUACACCCUGGAAUCGUUGCUUAAGGUCAUGCCGGCCGACGACCCUGCCGUCGCAAUGCCGCAGCCGGCGACGGUGAAAUUGGGCGACUCCACGCUCAAUUUCCUGUCAGCUUGCGGCGUUAAGGUUAGCCGGCCCAACGCCCGGCGAUACACCGGCUCCCUGCCGUCGUUGCCCGGGAUCGAUGUUCUGUUCCAGCGCACUGCCGACAUCACCGACAAGGUGGAGGAAGGCAGCGCCGAAAUGGGAAUCACCGGUUUGGACCGGUUGAUGGAAUAUCGGCACGAUGAAGGCGCCGUCAUCGCCGUGCUGGACGAUCUGGAAUAUGGCCGGUGUGAGUAUGUCCUUGCGGUGCCCGAUUCCUGGUUGGACGUUACUUCAGUGGACGAUCUGGCCGAUUUGGCGCUGGAAUUCCACGAACGUGGUCGGCAGCUGCGCAUCGCCACCAAGUACCCCACACUGCUGAGGAGAUACCUGUUCGAACGCGGGAUUAAUUUCUUCACCCUGGUUCCAGCCAGCGGAACUCUAGAGGCAGCCCCCAUCGCCGGAUACGCCGACCUUAUUGCCGAUCUGACCGCCACUGGCACAACGUUACGUGAAAACCGCUUGAAAACGUUGGAAGGUGGCACCAUACUGGUAUCGCAGGCUUGCCUGAUAGCCAAUCCCUGCACGUUGUCUCGUAAUUCCGACGACUUGAGACUCGCGCAGGCGCUAACCGAAACCCUGGAAGCCCACUUGCGCGCCGAACCUUACUACCGCAUCACUGCCAACGUGCAGGGGCGUACCGCCGAGGAUGUCAGCACCAUGAUCCUGGCGCGCCCCGAUAUUGCCGGUAUUCGCGGUCCUACGGUGGCGCGCGUGUUCAGUGUGCGGGAAGAAGAUUGGUACGCCGUGUCGUUGUUGAUACGCAAAGAUCGCCUGUUGGACGCGGUGGCUCACCUGCGCGAAUGUGGAGGCGUCGACAUCGCUGCGGCCCAGCUCUCAUACCUGUUCAAAGGCGAAUCUCGCGCCUUCGGCCAAUUCAUGGAUGUGGUGCAGGCGGUUAAUGGGAGACAACUCAACGAUGCCUAA